AUGCGAAAGACGGUGUGCUCUGGUAAUGGAGAUUGUGUAUGUGGUCGCUGCCAGUGUCGAUCUGGUUUUCGGGGAGAAGUUUGCGACAAGUGCACUAGUUGUCCUGGUAUUUGCCAAAACAACAAGGAUUGUGCCGAGUGUGUGGCCUUUGGAAGUGGUAUCUAUAAUCCUACCGAAUGUACACAGCUGUGUACCAAUGUAAAAACAGCGCCUAUUUUGGAACGGGAAAUUUUUCCUGGUCAACAUACCAAUAUCACCAUAAAAUCCUGCAUCAUAGAAGACGACCAGAAAUGUUUCAUCAGUUUCAAUGUUUACGAUAGUGACAGCAGCCAGGAAGUUGUAGUUAAAGACACAAAGCGCUGUCCAGCCGGUUCUCCGGAUCCGUUAACGAUAGGACUAAGUAUUUCCGGAGCGAUAUUUCUCCUAGGACUGUUGUUGUUAUUGAUCUGGAAGUUGCUGACUAUGUUGUACGAUAACAUGGAAUAUUCCAGAUUUGAGUCUGAAAUCCAAAAUCCUGUUUGGGAGAGAUCAAAGAAUCCAAUUUACGAAGGAUGUGUCACCACAGUAGAAAAUCCGAUGCGCGAAGAGCAUUGUAAUGAAGAGCUGAUGAAUUAAGGAUAAAAAAGGCUUUAUAUUCUUUGUGUACAUGUAUUUAAUUAAUACAGAUACAUUUGUAUAAUGUAUUGAAAUUUCACCAUGUUUGAAUUGUUGUGAUUUACUUUGAUGAAUUAUCAAACAGUGUUUUUCCAUUUUUUGAAAAAAAAAGUUGGUCAGUAAUAUUAUUGCUUCUGUUUUAACAAGGGAAAGGUCCUAUUUUGUCUGAAAACUCAUGUGUGUUGGCUAUGAAGA